CAGCUGCCUCCUCUUCACCUGGCCUCUGUCACUGACAUACUCUGAAGUCUGAACUCACUUGUCAUCUGAGUUGAAUCCACUGCAGUGCAGCCAUGGGGGAUGCAGAGAUGGCUGUGUUUGGGCUGGCUGCCUCUUACCUGAGGAAGUCAGACAGGGAGCGUAUGGAGGCAUCCACACGUCCCUUCGACAUAAAGAAGGAAUGCUUUGUCCCGGAUCAAGUGGAAGAGUUUGUGAAGGCAACCAUCACCAGCCGAGAUGGAGACAAGGUCACUGUGGAGACACAGUAUGGGAAGACUGUGGUGGUCAAAGAUUCCCAGAUUUUGCAACAGAAUCCUCCAAAGUUUGACAAGAUCGAGGACAUGGCCAUGUUGACCUUCCUCCAUGAGCCCGCUGUGCUGUUUAACCUCAAAGAGCGUUACGCAGCAUGGAUGAUCUAUACCUAUUCUGGGCUCUUCUGUGUGACUGUCAACCCCUACAAGUGGCUGCCAGUCUACAACCAAGAGGUGGUUGUUGCCUACAGAGGAAAGAAGAGGAGUGAAGCUCCUCCUCAUAUCUUCUCCAUCUCUGACAAUGCCUACCAGUACAUGCUGGCAGACCGUGAAAACCAGUCAAUUUUGAUCACUGGAGAAUCUGGUGCAGGAAAGACUGUCAACACAAAGAGAGUCAUCCAGUAUUUUGCAAGUAUUGCAGCUGGAGGCAUAAAGAAAGACACCGUUGCCAAGGACAAGGGUACCCUGGAGGAUCAAAUCAUUCAGGCUAACCCUGCUCUGGAGGCCUUUGGGAAUGCAAAGACUAUCAGGAAUGACAACUCCUCCAGAUUUGGUAAAUUCAUCCGAAUUCAUUUUGAUACCAGGGGGAAGUUAGCCUCUGCUGAUAUUGAAACAUACCUUCUGGAGAAAUCUCGUGUGAUCUUCCAGCUCAAGGCUGAGAGAGAUUACCACAUUUUCUACCAGAUUUUGUCCAACAAGAAGCCUGAACUCCUGGAGAUGCUGUUGAUCACAAAUAAUCCCUACGACUACGCCUUCAUCUCUCAGGGGGAAACCCAAGUGGCCUCCAUCAAUGAUUCAGAGGAACUGAUGGCAACAGAUGAUGCCUUUGAUGUAUUGGGCUUUACGCAAGAGGAAAAGAACUCUGCGUACAAGUUGACUGGUGCCAUCAUGCAUCAUGGCAACAUGAAGUUCAAGCAGAAGCAGCGAGAGGAGCAGGCUGAGGCUGUUGGCACUGAAGAUGCUGACAAAGUUGCAUAUCUGAUGGGCCUGAACUCUGCUGACCUCAUCAAAGGUCUCUUGCACCCAAGAGUCAAAGUGGGAAAUGAGUGGGUCACCAAGGGACAAAAUGUUGCUCAAGUGACCUAUGCUGUUGGAGCUCUGUCCAAGGCUGUAUAUGAAAGGAUGUUUCUGUGGAUGGUGAUGAGAAUCAACCAGUCACUGGAGACCAGGCAGCCUCGCCAGUACUUCAUUGGUGUUUUGGACAUUGCUGGAUUUGAGAUUUUUGAUUUCAACACCUUUGAGCAGCUGUGCAUCAACUUCACCAAUGAAAAACUGCAACAGUUUUUCAACCACCACAUGUUUGUGCUGGAGCAGGAAGAGUACAAGAAAGAGGGCAUUGAAUGGACUUUCAUAGAUUUUGGGAUGGACUUGCAGGCCUGCAUUGACCUGAUUGAAAAGCCCAUGGGUAUCAUGUCCAUCCUUGAAGAGGAGUGCAUGUUCCCCAAAGCUUCUGAUACCACCUUUAAAGCUAAGCUCUAUGACAACCAUCUGGGGAAAUCUGCCAAUUUCCAGAAGCCCAGAAUUGUCAAAGGGAAAACAGAGGCCCAUUUUGCCCUGAUCCACUAUGCUGGAAUUGUUGAUUAUAAUAUCAACAACUGGCUGGUGAAGAACAAGGAUCCUCUGAAUGAGACCGUUGUUGGGCUCUACCAGAAGUCUAAUCUCAAGCUGUUAGCUACCCUCUUUGCAAACUACGCUGGAGCCGAUUCAGUUGCGGCCGAAGUUACUGAAGGCAAAAAAGAGAAGAAGAAGAAGGGAUCAUCGUUUCAGACUGUGUCUGCUCUUCAUAGGGAGAACCUGAACAAGUUAAUGACCAACUUAAGGUCAACUCACCCUCACUUUGUGCGCUGCAUCAUCCCCAAUGAGACCAAGACUCCUGGGGCCAUGGAGAACCCUCUGGUGAUGCACCAGCUACGCUGUAACGGUGUGCUGGAAGGCAUCAGGAUCUGCAGAAAGGGCUUCCCCAACAGGAUCCUCUACGGAGAUUUCAAACAGAGAUAUCGCAUCUUGAAUCCUGCUGCCAUCCCUGAGGGUCAGUUCAUCGACAGCAGGAAGGGAGCUGAGAAACUUCUUGGGUCUCUGGACAUUGAUCAUAAUCAGUACAAGUUUGGACAUACAAAGGUGUUCUUUAAGGCUGGUUUGCUGGGUCUGCUUGAGGAGAUGAGAGACGAGCGUCUCUCCAAAAUCAUCACUGCUAUUCAAGCCAGGUCCCGUGGGCUUUUGUCUCGUAUUGAGUAUCAAAAGAUGGUGGAACGCAGAGAAGCAUUAUUAGUGAUCCAAUGGAAUGUCCGGUCAUUCAUGGGGGUCAAGAAUUGGCCCUGGAUGAAGCUGUUCUUCAAGAUCAAACCUCUGUUGAGAUCUGCUGAGGCAGAAAAGGAGAUGGCCACCAUGAAGGAAGAAUUCCUGAAGCUGAAAGAGGCUUACGCAAAAUCUGAAGCCCGUAGAAAGGAACUAGAGGAGAAAAUGGUCUCUCUUCUUCAGGAGAAGAACGACCUGCAGCUUCAAGUUCAAGCGGAGCAAGAUAAUCUCUGUGAUGCUGAGGAAAGAUGUGAGGGGCUGAUCAAAAACAAAAUUCAACUGGAGGCAAAAGCCAAAGAGCUUACUGAGAGACUGGAGGAUGAGGAGGAGAUGAAUGCUGAACUGACUGCUAAGAAGAGGAAGCUGGAGGAUGAGUGCUCUGAGCUGAAGAAAGACAUUGAUGACUUAGAGUUAACUCUGGCUAAAGUGGAGAAAGAGAAGCACGCUACUGAGAACAAGGUGAAAAACCUGGUUGAAGAGAUGUCAGCUCAGGAUGAAAUCAUUGCUAAGUUGACAAAGGAAAAGAAAGCCUUACAGGAAGCUCAUCAGCAAACACUGGAUGACCUGCAGAGUGAAGAAGACAAAGUCAACACCCUGACAAAGGCCAAGGUUAAGCUGGAGCAGCAAGUGGAUGAUCUUGAAGGUUCUCUUGAGCAAGAAAAGAAGGUUCGAAUGGACCUUGAGAGAGCUAAGAGAAAGCUGGAGGGAGACUUAAAGUUGACCCUGGAGACCGUAAUGGAUUUAGAAAAUGACAAGCAACAGCUGGAGGAGCGCCUGAAAAAGAAAGACUUUGAGAUCAGCCAACUAAAUGGCAGACUUGAGGAUGAGCAGUCCAUUAUCAUUCAACUCCAGAAGAAGCUGAAAGAGCUACAGGCUCGUGUAGAGGAGCUGGAGGAAGAGCUUGAGGCAGAGCGAGCUGCCCGAGCCAAGGUGGAGAAGCAGAGAGCAGACUUGUCCAGAGAGCUGGAGGACAUCAGUGAGAGGUUGGAGGAGGCUGGUGGAGCAACAUCUGCCCAGAUUGAGAUGAACAAGAAGAGGGAGGCUGAGUUCCAGAAACUCCGCAGAGACCUUGAAGAGGCCACUCUGCAGCAUGAAGCCACUGCUGCCACUCUCAGGAAGAAACAAGCUGACAGUGUUGCUGAUCUGGGAGAGCAGAUCGACAACCUGCAGAGAGUCAAGCAGAAACUGGAGAAGGAGAAGAGUGAGCUCAGACUGGAGCUGGAUGAUGUGGUUUCCAGUAUGGAACAAAUAGUUAAAUCUAAGACUAUCUUAGAGAAGACCUGCAGAACUUUGGAGGAUCAAAUGAAUGAAUACAGGAACAGGUGUGAUGAAAAUCAGAGAUCCCUUCAUGACUUCACCACCCAGAAAGCCAAGCUUCAAGCUGAGAAUGAUGAACUUUCAAGACAGCUGGAGGAAAAAGAGUCUCUGAUUUCUCAGCUGACCAGAGGAAAAAACUCCUAUACUCAACAAGUUGAAGACCUAAAAAGACAACUAGAGGAGGAAGUAAAGGCCAAGAAUGCUUUAGCCCAUGCAGUGCAGUCUGCUCGUCAUGACUGUGACCUGCUCAGGGAGCAGUAUGAGGAGGAGCAGGAGGCCAAGGCUGAGUUGCAGCGUGGCAUGUCCAAGGCCAACUCUGAGGUGGCUCAGUGGAGAACUAAGUACGAAACUGAUGCCAUCCAGAGGACCGAGGAACUGGAGGAGGCCAAAAAGAAGUUGGCUCAGCGUCUGCAGGAGGCCGAGGAGGCUGUUGAAGCAGGAAAUGCUAAAUGUUCCUCUCUGGAGAAGACCAAACACAGACUGCAGAAUGAGAUUGAAGAUCUUAUGAUUGAUGUGGAGAGGUCUAAUGCUGCUGCUGCUGUUCUGGACAAGAAACAAAGAAACUUUGACAAAAUCCUGUCUGAGUGGAAACAAAAAUAUGAGGAGUGUCAGUGUGAGCUGGAGAGCUCUCAGAAGGAAGCCAGGUCUCUGAGCACUGAGCUCUUCAAACUGAAGAACUCCUAUGAAGAAUCUCUUGACCACCUGGAGACCCUGAAGAGAGAGAAUAAGAAUCUGCAGGAGGAGAUAUCUGACCUCACUGAGCAACUUGGUGAAGGAGGAAAAACCAUUCAUGAGUUGGAGAAAGUCCGUAAACAGCUGGAGCAGGAAAAGAGCGAGAUUCAGUCUGCCCUUGAGGAAGCCGAGGCUUCUCUUGAGCAUGAGGAAGGCAAGAUUCUCAGAGCUCAGCUUGAGUUCAACCAGAUUAAGGCAGAAAUGGAGCGUAAACUAGCAGAGAAGGAUGAGGAGAUGGAGCAGAACAAGAGGAACCUGCAGAGGAUGAUUGAAAACCUGCAGAGCUCUCUUGAGGCUGAGACUCGCAGCAGGAAUGAGGCCCUCCGUUUGAAGAAGAAGAUGGAGGGAGACCUCAAUGAGAUGGAGAUUCAGUUGAGCCAGGCCAACAGGCAGGCAGCUGAGGCUCAGAAACAACUUAAGGCUGUUCAUGCACACCUGAAGGAUGCUCAGCUCCAGCUUGAUGACUCUCUUCGAACCAAUGAUGAUCUCAAAGAGAACAUUGCAAUUGUGGAGAGACGCAACAACCUGCUUCAGGCUGAACUGGAGGAGCUCAGGGCUGCUUUGGAGCAAACUGAGAGAAGUCGCAAACUUGCUGAGCAAGAGCUGCUGGAUGUUACUGAAAGGGUGCAGUUACUGCACUCACAGAACACCAGCCUGAUAAAUCAAAAGAAGAAGCUGGAGGCUGACACAUCCCAGCUUCAGAUUGAAGUAGAGGAAGCAGUACAAGAGUGCAGAAAUGCUGAGGAAAAGGCCAAGAAGGCCAUUACUGAUGCUGCCAUGAUGGCAGAGGAGCUGAAGAAAGAGCAGGACACCAGUGCUCACCUGGAGCGUAUGAAGAAGAACAUGGAGCAAACCAUCAAAGACCUGCAGCACCGUCUGGAUGAAGCUGAACAGAUCGCCAUGAAGGGAGGAAGGAAGCAGUUGCAGAAGCUCGAGGCCAGGGUGAAGGAACUGGAAAAUGAGGUUGAGAUGGAGCAGAAGAAAAACGCUGAAGCUGUGAAGGGCAUCCGUAAAUAUGAACGCCGUAUCAAGGAGCUUACUUAUCAGACUGAGGAGGACCGCAAGAAUAUUGCCCGACUUCAAGAUCUGGUUGAUAAGCUGCAGCUGAAAGUGAAAUCCUACAAGAGAUCUGCUGAGGAGGCUGAGGAACAGGCUAAUGUGCAUCUUGGCAAGUUCCGUAAGAUGCAGCACGAGUUGGAUGAGGCUGAAGAGAGAGCUGACAUCGCUGAGUCACAGGUCAACAAGCUGCGUGCCAAGAGCCGUGAUGCUGGCCCCAAGGUUUGAAGCAUGCACUUUGUCGCAGAAGGGGUUUGAGGAGGAGUGAAGCUUUGGAGCCUGCAGAAAUCCCCUUGCCUGCUGUGUAACGUAGAUGUACAAUGAAGUAUUAUGCCCACAUUAAGGAGGAAAAAAAAUUGCAAUUUUGAGAAUAAAGUUGUGAUAAUUUGAGGAAAAAAAAACAUAAUGUUGCAAUGAUAAAGUCAUUAUUUCAUUAGAAUGAAGUCACAAUAUUUCAAGAAAAAAUCAUAAUAUUAUGAGACUAAAAUCAUAAUCUCACAUGCAGCAACUCAAGAUUUUAAUACCCUUUCAUAGUAAACAGAUGAUAGAGGUUUAUCUUUAUUGUGUCAAAUGAGGUACAGGUCUCACCAGUAAGUAACCUUUCUCAUUAUCAGAGAAAAUGAUAGCAGUUACAUGAUGUAUGAGUCAAAAAGCAGAUGUGUAUUGAAGCAGCAGCUGGUGUACAGCAGGGACUUAACAGCUGAGACAAGAGCUCAGUCAUUGAUUAGAAUGUGAUAAAAGGUCAGUGGGCUUUAUGCAAAUGAUGUGAAAGGCAGAGUAGCAAAUGUGCGCUGCUCUUUAUUAGAGUUUUAAAAAAUGAAACUUUGGAGGAAAGCAGUUGAAAUGCUAAAUCCUGUAGAUAUGACUUGAUGUAACCUAUUCUCACUUUAUUCUUAAAAUAUUAUGACUUUUUCCUCAAAAAUUGCAACUUUUUUCUCAGUUGUCAUCUCUGAUUUUUUUUUCUAACAGUGGCCAUAAUACUCCAUUAUAUAGAUCUCCUAAACUACUAUUCAUAAACUGUAGUGCUUAAUAAAAUCUUAUCAA